AUGUACACGGGUCAUCAUCACGCCGAGUUGGCACAAACUUGCUACGACUUGGACACCAUCAACCGACAGUUCGUGGAGUACCAUGCCAUGGACUACAUUGACCCGCAGUGUUACUACAGUCCAGUGAUGCCAGCAGCGGCACCACAAACGUACACGUCGUUGUCGGCGCCACUCGGGCCGCCGCCGCAGACACAGACGACGACGAUGCAGCAAAUGACGAUACUCGGCAAUAAACCCUUGGUUAAUGGGCAAACCCAGCUGACGAAUUUACCGAUAAUGACCCGGAAACGGAAGAAGAAGCGGUUCGCCCAGCAAGCUGUUCACCAGCGGCAGGCGGCCAACAUCCGGGAGCGGAAGCGGAUGCUCAGCAUCAACGACGCAUUUAAAGGGCUGAAAGACCACAUUCCUACAUUGCCGUACGAGAAACGCCUGAGCAAAGUGGACACGCUCAAACUCGCCAUUGGCUACAUCAACUUUUUAGCGGAACUGGUGGAGAAUGACAGGUAUCCGCCCGAAGCCAAUCCGACCCACCAAGAACCGGUCAAGAAGGUCAUCAUCCAGUGCCACCGAGGUGCUGCCCAACGCGUCAGGUCAACGACGAUGAUGAGCCACGCGUCAGUGUCAAAGCGACAGCGUCGAGUCCUCGUGCCGCCGUUUAUUGCAGGCGCCUCUUCCGCCGUUUUAUAUCCUCCGCGUCGUAACUGCUUCCGCGAUGAACAGUAUAUAUAA